AUCACAGCUUCUUCACUUGCUGAACAGACCAGUUUCACCUGGAGGAUUGAUCCCAGACAUGAGGCUCUGUGUCUGGGCCGGAGCUCGGCGUCUCCUGCCCGUCCUGGUUCUCCUGACUGUCCUCCAUGUCAACGCGGACCAGCACCAACCCAGGAAGAGACACUACUACAUCGCUGCUGUCGAGAUAGACUGGAAGUACUCUGGCAAUGACACACACAGAUCUGGUCCCACCUAUAAGAAAGUGGUCUUUCGGGAGUAUGAGGAAGACUUCAGACAGGCUAAGACUCAUCCCUCCUGGUUAGGUCUGCUCGGACCCACGCUGAGGGCCGAGGAGGGCGACACGAUUGUCGUCACUUUCAGAAACAUGGCGACCGGAGCGCACAGCAUUCACCCACACGGGGUCGCUUACGGGAAACAGUCGGAGGGAGCCAACUACUUCGACAACACGUCGCAGAAGGAGAAAGAGGAUGACGUCGUGCACCCGAACGGGGAGCACGUUUACUACUGGGAGGUGACGUCAGAGGUUUCUCCACAGCCAGCUGACCCCACCUGUCUCACCUACACCUACAUCUCCCACCAGAGGGUCGUGGAGGACUACAACUCAGGCCUCAUCGGGGCUCUGCUCAUCUGCAAGCCCAAAAGUCUGGAUGAGUCGGGGAGGCAGAUCGGCGUCCACCAGGAGUACGUCUUCCUGUUUGGGGUGUUUGACGAGAAGGAGAGCAAGUACAAACCGAGCGACCACGCCUCAGACGACACCGUCAAGUACACCAUCAACGGAUACACAAAGGGAUCGCUACCUGAUGUCAGAGUGUGUGCUCAUGCCUCUGUGAGCCUGCACCUGCUGGGCAUGAGCUCACAGCCGGAGGUGUUCUCCGUGCACAUGCACGGGCAGGUGCUGCAGCAGACCGGACAUAAAGUGUCGACCGUGGGGCUGAUCAGCGGCUCCACCGCCACCGCCAGCAUGGUGGCUCUCUACGCGGGCCGCUGGCUGCUCUCCUCGCACACCAACAAGCACAUGGCCGCCGGGAUGCACGGCUUCGUGGAUGUGGAGAAGUGCGGUGGCUUCGAAGCGCCGCUGCGACGGAUGACUAUCAAGCAGAAACAGCAGAGCACGGAGUGGACAUACUUCAUCGCAGCUGAGGAGAUCGUGUGGGACUAUGCGCCCACUGUGCAGGAACAUGUGGAUGAGGACUUCAAGCUCCAGUACUUGAAACAGUCUCCGACACGGAUCGGUCAGAAGUACAAGAAGGUGGUGUACUCUCAGUACAUCAACGAGUCGUUCACCGAGCGGGUGGACGACAAGAAGAGGAAGAAUGAGCGCGGCAUCCUGGGCCCGGUGAUCAGAGCGCAGAUCAGAGACGUCAUCAAGAUUGUUUUUAAGAACAUGGCGUCCAGGCCCUACAGCAUCUAUCCACAUGGACUGACAAUAGAGAAGUCAGACGAGGGAGUCAACUACCCAGCAGGAGGAAACCACUCUCAUGGUGUUCAGCCAGGUGAGACACACACCUAUGUCUGGAGAGUGGUCGAGGAGGAUGAGCCUUUGCCCGGAGACCCCCGGUGUCUGACACGGAUGUACCACAGUGCGGUGGACACGACACGGGACAUCGCCUCGGGACUGAUUGGACCCAUCCUCAUCUGCAAGAGUCAGUCCCUCAACGUCAGGAACGUGCAGCUGAAAGCAGACAAGGAGCAGCACGCCAUGUUUGCUGUGUUUGAUGAAAACAAGAGCUGGUACCUGGAUCACAACAUUGGCCGCUAUACUGAUCGAACCAAAGUCAACAAGGAAGACUCUGACUUUUAUAAGUCCAACGUCAUGCACACGAUUAACGGUUACGUGUUUGAGGGCGGCCCGCUCCUGGGCUUCUGCAACGGUGAGGUUGCAACGUGGCACGUGUCUAGCAUCGGAGCGCAGGACUACAUCCAGACAGCCACGUUCUAUGGCCACAUGUUCGAACUGAAUAAGCGGACGGAGGACUUUCUCAGCCUCUACCCCAUGACCGGAGAAACCAUCACUAUGAACAUGGCCAACAUUGGUAUCUGGCUCCUGGCUUCCCUGAAUUCCCAUGAGACAACCAAAGGAAUGCGCGUGAAGUUUCGGGAUGUCGAGUGCUUCCGUGACUCCCAGUAUGAGUACUAUGAUGAUAAAGAAUUUAGUGAGUGGAAGCCUCCCAGUUUGGAUGAGCUCAAGAAGGAAGAGGAGAUACCGGAACCCUUAGAAAACGUAAAAGAAACCGAAGGGAUGGAUGAUUACACAGAUUCGUUUGCAGACGAAUUAGGUCUCAGGUCUCUGAAGAACCAAACUAAGGAUUCAAAUGUGGAGCAGCUGGAUCUCUCUUUCCUCGACUAUGAUGUGCCUGGCGGAGAUACGAACGACACCUUUACUUUCACAGAGACAAAGAGUUACAACGACACCUCCCUUCCACAGCCAAAUACACUCAAUCAGACAUUAUUUCUAAAUCGGACAGAGGUUGAUGGAGUAAACCUAACAGCGGUCCAUUUGCUGAACCAAAGCAUCAGUGAGAAUACAACACAUAUACAGAACACAAGUGAUGCGUCAGUGUUUGGCAAUUCCACGUCUAAAACAGAGAACUCAACCGUCUUUUAUAGCCCCAGUGAUUUACUAAAGAAUGACAGUGCAACUACAAAUAGCAGCGACUCUCUAGCCAUCUCAGAUCGUGAUAGUGAUGCUGUUUCCGACACGAACAACACAACAAUUCACAACGGUACGGCGUCAUCAGUGGCUGGAAAUGUAUCUACAGAGAUUACCAAUCUGACGGUAACAUUACAAGAAACUACCAAUCUUACCGUAUCAUUACCUGGAAAUGUUAGUUCCCUCUUGGAGACUGAAAGAAUUAACGACACCCUGACCGGUACUAACCAGACCACUUUGGUCCCGGCAGAGGACUCAGAGGAGAGACUCACCAGAGGGGAUGUCUUCUCUUACUCUGUGCCUCUGUCCACUUCCGGGAGCAACAGUCUCCAUGGCGCACCAGACCACCAAGUGUCUGUUAUCAAUCUGUCGCAAAGUGAAGAUGAGAAUAACACAGCGACGAACCGCGUUAACGUGUCAGCGGACGCAACAAACCAUUCGCCGUCUGUUUCAGCGGAUGGCGCUGGCGACAAACCCAGUGACGAUGGCGCAGUAGCAGAGCUGGCGCAUGGACUUCAAACGGAUUCUUCUGAAAAUGUGACACAGAUUUUGCUUGAAACUGAGCCUUUACAAAAUGGCACAGUGAAUAUCAAACAUCCAGAUACAUCAAAUGCAUCGGGGGAGGUUCGUUCGGGGAGUAGGGAGAACAUCACGGCUGUUGUUGGUGAGUUGAACCAAACGUCUUCUGCAGAACAUUCCCCCAAUGAGACCGUGGUUCCAGAUAACGUGUCCCCCUCCAGUGGUGCAGUGGGAAGUUAUGAGGUGCUAAGUGCCUCCGAGAGCAGCGAAGAAGUGUUUAUCUACCUUAAAGAAAACAACACAGAGGUGAUUAAAACCACCUCUGUUAAAACACAGGGCCACAACUGGACGUAUGAGGGAACGCACCAGGUGGAGCCCAUGGAUAUUCCUGACUACAUGUUGAAAUAUUUUGAGAAAGAGACCCCUCAAACGACGCCAACACCAAAGAAGAAGAAGAAGAAAGUGACCUUCCGACAGAGGCCCCAGAGGGGCGAAGGCAUGAAAACAAAGAAGAGGAAGGAAUACAAGCCGGUGAUCAGGAGCGGUUUACCGAACAGUUUAGCGUUCUCUCCCCGUGGAUUCAAUCCAGCCAUGACGCCGCGCGGGUCACGACCCAACGCACCACAGCCUUUCUCUGAUGAGGAGGAGCUCAUCAACAUGCCUGUGGUCAUCGGCCUCCCCCGGCCUGACUUCAGUGACUACGAGCUCUAUGUUCCUGGGAACGAGCCAGACCAUCUAGGGCUGAACGAGCAGGACGUGCGUGAAGAUGAAUAUGAGUAUGUGUCCUUCAAAGAUCCCUACAGCAGUCAUGAAGACAUCAAGAAUCUCCAGCUGGAUGACAACACCAAGUACUACUUAAAAUUCUCAGGCCCGAAUGUAAAGUUGUAUUUCAUCGCUGCAGAGGAGGUCAAGUGGGACUAUGGCGGCUACGGACAGAGGAGGCAAGACAAGUCGAUACCAAACAGCAGAGAAACUAAGUUCACCAAGGUGAUUUUCCGGAGUUACGUGGACAGUAACUUCAGAACACCUGACAUCCGCGGAGAGAUGGAAGAGCAUCUCGGCAUCCUGGGACCCGUCAUCAAAGCAGAGGUUGGACAGAGCAUCAUGGUGGUGUUCAAGAACAACGCCAACCGCCCGUACUCCAUUCACCCAAACGGGGUUUCCUACGCCAAACAGACGGAGGGUCUGUCCUAUGAAGACGGCUCCAAGUAUUGGUACAAAUUAGACAACGCCAUUCAACCCAACCACACAUUCACGUAUUUAUGGAAGGUCGAUAUUAACGCCGGGCCACAGGCCGAUGACCAGGACUGUCGGACGUGGACCUACUACUCAGGCGUCAAUCCCGAGAGGGACAUCCACUCCGGGUUGAUCGGGCCUCUGCUGGUGUGUCGAGAGGGCACCCUGAGCAGAAACCUGCAGAACAUGAGGGAGUUCAUGCUGCUUUUCAAGACCUUUGACGAGUCGCAGAGCUGGUACUACGAGACGAACCGCGAGCUGAUUCAGAAGAAGCUGCAAAGGAGAACUCUGGGCCCCAACUUCAAGGAGAACCUCAAGUUCCACUCCAUCAACGGCAUCAUAUACAACCUGAAGGGCCUGAGGAUGUACACCAACCAGCUCGCGCGCUGGCACCUCAUCAACAUGGGUGCUCCCGAAGACUUUCAGAGCGUCCACUUCCACGGCCAGACGUUCCUCGACAAGAAGAUCGACAGCUACAGACAGGCGGUCUACCCGCUGCUGCCCGGGGGCUUUGCUACUCUGGAUAUGUAUCCGUCCAGACCCGGCCUGUGGCAGCUGGAGACAGAAGUUGGUUUCAACCAGCAGAAGGGGAUGCAGACUCUCUUCCUGGUUCUGGAUAACGAGUGCUCCCGUCCACUGGGUCUACAGUCAGGCAGUGUGAAGGAUGACCAGAUCACAGCCUCCGUCACCAGAGGUAGCCGAUACUGGGAGCCUCAUCUUGCCAGACUGAAUAAUCAGGGUAAAUACAACGCGUGGAGCACAGAUCAGAACAGCAGCUGGAUCCAGGUGGACUUCCAGCGGCCAGUUGUGAUCAGCCAGGUGGCCACUCAGGGAGCCAAGCAGAUGUUCCAGUCCCAGUAUGUGCUCAAGUACUUUAUCUCCUACAGCACCGACCGCCGGAAGUGGAUCUUCUAUAAGGGCGACAGCAGGGACCUCUGGAAGGCGUUCCCGGGGAACCAGGAAGCCUAUCAGACGAAGACAAACACCUUCUUCCCUCCUGUGAUUGGACGGUUCAUCAGGCUCCACCCCAUCGAGUGGUACAACAAGGCCACAGUUCGCAUGGAGUUCUACGGCUGCGAGCUCGACGGCUGCUCGGUGCCUCUGGGGAUGGAGAGCGGACUCAUAGAACACCGUCACAUCACUGCCAGCUCCACAGCCUCCAGCUGGUACUCUGGACCCUGGACACCCUCCCUCGCACGCCUCAACAAACAAGGCACCAUCAACGCCUGGCAGGCUAAGUAUAAUGACAUGAACCAGUGGCUUCAGGUGGAGCUGCCCCAAGUCAAGAAGAUCACAGGUAUAGUAACGCAGGGGGCCAAGUCUCUGGGGAAGGAGCUGUACGUCAUCUCCUACAGUUUGCAGUACAGUAACAACGGGAUCCACUGGACCCAGUACACAGACGACGAGGACUUCGCAUUCAAGACGUUCUCUGGAAACAAAAACAACAACGACCAUGUGAAGAACUACAUCUACCCCCCCAUCUUCUCACGCUUCAUCCGGAUCGUACCCAGGAACUGGAUGGGCUCCAUCACCAUGAGAAUAGAGCUGCUGGGCUGUGACUUCGAGUGACGCACACACACACACACACACACACACACACACAACCAUAUUAUCACACGUCAGGUCAACCGUACAUCUACAUCCAGACAAUAAACACGUGUAGUGUCUGAAAAGUUCUGGAAAGGAAGGUCCAAAGGUUCUGUUGCUUGCCUGACAAGCCUCUGACAGAGCGGACAUACGAUGUGCCGUAUGAAGAAAAUAAGUUCAGUCAAUCAGUCCUGAAAGAAGCUUCAAAGCAGCAGAAAGAGAGGAAUCGCAACUUCCUGUCAGGACUUUCAGAAUAAAAUCAGAGCGCAAACAGAAUGCAGAUGAUGAGCAAGAUCAUGGAUUGUGAUCUGGUAUGAUCUUUUUAAAUAAAUAAUAUUACAGCCUUUUACAAGUAAAUGUAUUUCUUAGAGCAGUUUAAGGCCAGUCUAGGGACGGGCGUUGCAAAUGAGCUUGCCCUUUGUCUCUAUACAAAUCAUAUACAUACGUCGGUGAAUAUCCUGUUUAGAAAAGUGUUACAGCUCGUCACUAAGAGCAGCAGGUGAGUUAUAAGAGCCUUUUUGUCAAUAGUUGUGUGUGUUUUUUGGAAUACUAGUUGCAUUUCUAAGCUCACAGAAGUAUUUUUCUCAUCAGAAAUGAAUGUAAAUGAAUGUAAAUACACUGUAAAAAGAAAUCCUAAUUUUACGGAAAAUAACUCUAAGUUUUCUAACAGUAAUUUUCUCUUUUUUAAAUUGUGAACAAAAGUCUGUAAAAUGACAGAAAUCAUCUGUGAAUUAACAGCCAAACUUGUAUUUUAAGCAUUAUGCCAAUGAUAAUGAAUUACAUUUAUUUCCCAUUUUUGUAAAGAAAAAUACUGUAUUAUUUAUACAGUAUUUUUUCUGCUUUCUUAAAUUACAUACAAAUCUAUGUAAAAUGACAGUAAUUAUCUGUAAGUAAAAAUGUAGCUUGUUAUUAUAAAAGUUAAUGUCCAUACGAACAAUUUAAAGAUCUUCUCUGUAAUUUCAGGGUAAAUCUUAUUAGUUUUACAUUUAUGUGACUUCUACAUUCAAACUUUUUUUAUUCUGGAUGAAAUUUAACAAACUUUUUCUCAUCACAUCAAACUUCAAACAAAAAAAGUUUGAAGUACUGGAAUGUAUCCCAGCAUGCACUGGGAGGAAAGCAGGACAAUGGUUUAUCACACAACAGUCAACCUGUCAGACUGUUGCUCCGUCCUCACUGAGCUAUGAAGGAUUAUUUUACAUCUCUACUAUAAUUUAUACUUGUUACUAAAUAAGAUUUAUCCACCUCUUUAUGAUGCAACUUGUCUUGUGACAGUGAAGUUCACCUGCACCUUCAUUCACAACUGUUUUAUUUUUAAUUUGUCAGUUACAGUUGAUUGUAAAUUGUUGAAAUUAAUGUAGUUUUAAUGUGAAAUAAAGUUUCUUAUGAAGCUUU